ACCACUCAGAAGGGGAAGAGCUGCACUUAUUACAGGAAAUUAUCCGAAGUCCUGGGCGACACGAUGACCAGCCCCAUCUGGUACCUGGGCAUGUUCGGGCAUGUUCGGGUUCACCUCGUGCGUCAGGUUCAGGGACCGCAACGGUCUGUGCUUCAAAGUCUUCUCAAACUUGUCCCCACGUCGACUGGGGGCAAACUGAACACAGUCCAGAAGCUAAGCCUGAACUUUUCCAUCACUCUUAAAGACGUUAGGAGGGAGGCCCCGGAUUGGUUGGUCGAGGAAAAGAAAUUCCACUUCGAUGGCAACAAUCAAGUGAUUGAAGAUUGGGCGCAGAGUUUCCUUCUUGUGAAUCUCAAAGACAAAGACCUGACAUCGCGAGGCUUCAGGAAAGUCUAUUAUAAACUGCUGAUGAAUUUGACGCAUCUUUGA